AUGCAGCGUGAACCUCCGAAGAAGAAGCAGGAGAAGAAGGUGGAAAAGCGGCUUUUUGACGCCACAUCCUUCGGGAAAGACCUGCUGGCAGGCGGGGUGGCGGCGGCUGUGUCCAAGACGACGGUGGCGCCCAUCGAGCGUGUGAAGCUGCUGCUGCAGGUGCAGGCGUCGUCCAAGCAGAUCAGCCCCGAGGCGCAGUACAAAGGCAUCGUGGACUGCCUGGUGCGGAUUCCCCGUGAGCAGGGUUUCCUCAGUUACUGGCGUGGCAAUUUGGCAAAUGUUAUCCGAUAUUUUCCAACACAAGCUCUAAACUUUGCUUUCAAAGACAAAUACAAACAACUGUUCAUGUCUGGAGUUAAUAAAGAAAAACAGUUCUGGAGGUGGUUUUUGGCAAACCUGGCUUCUGGUGGAGCUGCUGGGGCAACAUCCUUGUGUGUAGUUUACCCACUAGAUUUUGCCCGAACCCGAUUAGGUGCUGAUAUUGGAAAAGGUCCUGAAGAGCGACAGUUCAAGGGUUUAGGUGACUGUAUUAUGAAAAUAGCAAAAUCAGAUGGAAUCGUUGGUUUAUACCAAGGGUUUGGUGUUUCAGUUCAAGGCAUCAUUGUAUACCGAGCUUCUUAUUUUGGAGCUUAUGACACAGUUAAGGGCUUAUUACCAAAACCGAAAGAGACACCUUUUCUUGUCUCCUUUUUCAUUGCUCAAGUUGUGACUACGUGCUCUGGAAUACUCUCUUAUCCCUUUGACACAGUUAGAAGACGUAUGAUGAUGCAGAGUGGUGAGGCUGAACGGCAAUAUAAAGGAACUUUAGACUGCUUUAUGAAGAUAUACCAACAGGAAGGAAUUGGUGCAUUUUUUCGUGGUGCCUUCUCCAACAUCCUUCGUGGUACAGGGGGUGCUUUGGUCUUGGUAUUAUAUGAUAAAAUUAAAGACCUCCUUAAUAUUGAUAUUGGAGGUAGUUCAUCAGGAGAUUAA